AUGUCGUCAAAAAAUACAAUUUUCAUUUCUUUGGUAACCUUAUCUCUACUCGUAAUCUGUUUUAUAUUCUCACAUGCAUCACCGGUAACUCGUGAUGUCGGCAACCAAUACUCUGUUUAUUUACAAAAUCUCCAAUGUAAAAUUAUAUUUACUCAAAUUGACGCAUUAACUGUCCAAGCUGAAGGACAAGCUUUUCAAGGCAUCACGGACACUAAUCCUGACAAUUAUGCUAUUGAAAUUGGUCCAUAUCAUGAAACCUUCACCGAACUAGGUGUAGAUAUCGCCUGCCCUGGCACUAAGCCUUUUAAAGGAAGUCAUUCAGGAGAUAUUACUCUUAUGAACGGUCAAACGCUUUAUGUAAAGCACAAUGAGCAAAUUAUCGAUCAGGGAGUUGUUAGCUAA